UUUCUCAGGCUGGUGAUGAGGUUUUAGGCUAAAUUUCUCUUUUUUAAGUAAAGAGUUCUCGAUUCUUGAAACUGAAUGAGAAUAUACACAUUGCUGAGGUAGGUGCUGAGCAGAGAUAUAUAUCUAUAUAUAUACUGUAUGUAUUUCACGUAUGUAUGCAACCCCAAGUAAAGAGGGUAAAAAGGAAAAGGGAGGAGGCAGUGCAGGGGUGGAGCGGAGGAAAAGCAAAAGAAGAUGUCUUUCUCAGGCACGGAUCCCAAUGGAAUGCAGGAAGGAUGCCCAGCAUUGCUUGCUGGAACUCAUUCUUUUUGUUUAGUUUAAAGGGCCUUGCUUUGUUCUCUUUAGAAAUCUUUUGAGAGAGAGAGAGAGAGAGAAAAAGCAAAAGAAAGAGACCAUAGAUUCAGCCAUUCAGCAGAGGAUGCGCUUCGGCUAGAUUUUGGUUUAGAUUUCAUACUACUUAAGUCUGCAGCUACAAAACAAAAGAAACCAAGUUCUUUCUAUGGAGGGGGUAGCAAAGGAGAGUUGCCCACAUGAUUAGUUUAUUUGUUUCCAAUCAUUGACUUGCUUUCUUGCAACUAGUAACAAAGGAAACAACAACCAAAAAAAAAAAAAAGAGAAAACUUGCCAACAAAUCUCCAUUUUUAUAUUUUUCUAAGUGAGAAAGAAGAGUUCGUGGUGAAAAAUGAAGUCUAUGGGUGAUAAUCAAAGUAACAGCAACUGGUUGGGUUUCUCUCUUUCUGCUACCAGCAUGGAGGCUUCAGCAGACCACCAUCAUCAAACUCAGCCAUGCUCCAAUGCUGUUUCUGAUGCAGUUCCCUUGAGCUUUUCCUCUAGUUUUAACUAUCCAGGGAUUUACUAUGGGGUUGAAGGUGAAAACUCUGGAUUCUAUUCUCAUUUAACUAUGAUGCCACUCAAGUCUGAUGGUUCAUUGUGCUUAAUGGAAGCUAUCAACAGGUCACAACCACAAGGUAUGGUAACUUCAACGCCCAAACUGGAGGAUUUCUUUGGUGGUGCAACAAUGGGGACCCAUCACUAUGACAGAGGAGGUAUGGCUCUGAGUCUAGACAGCAUGUACUAUAAUCAAAACACUGAAAACCAGACCAACAAUGGCCAAGAUUUUCUAAGCCAUCAUCAAGAAAACCCCAGCCAUCCUCAACUUCAGGUUCAAGAAUACCCACACUAUUCAGCUUUCCGGGGCCAAGAAAUGUUCCAGGCGUCAGAAGAGCAGCAGCCUAAAGAGCCUCAGCUUGCAGAUCGCAGUCUUCAGCUCCCAACAAUGCCUGAAGAUGAAAUGCCUGGCACAAAAAACUGGGUUCAAAGAAACUAUCCAAACGGCCAUGUGUUGGAGCAGAAGAUGGGAAUUUGUAUGGAGGAGAAUGCGGGGGAAACUGGGCCAAUGGGUUCGAUGGGGUAUGGUGAUUUACAGUCUCUGAGCUUAUCAAUGAGCCCUGGUUCCCAGUCAAGCUGCGUGACGGGUUCACAGCACAUUCCGCCCACUAUGGCUGACUGCAUGGGCCUGGAGAAUAAGAAACGGGGCCCCGAAAAGGUUGAUCAGAAGCAGAUUGUUCAUAGGAAGUCUAUUGACACGUUUGGGCAAAGGACCUCUCAGUAUAGAGGAGUUACAAGGCACAGAUGGACAGGCAGGUAUGAAGCCCAUCUAUGGGACAACAGUUGUAAGAAAGAAGGGCAAAGCAGAAAGGGAAGGCAAGUUUACCUAGGGGGGUAUGAUAUGGAAGAAAAGGCUGCAAGGGCAUAUGAUUUGGCAGCACUCAAGUACUGGGGACCUUCAACCCAUAUUAAUUUUCCUUUGGAAAAUUAUCAACAAGAACUUGAAGAUAUGAAGAACAUGAGCAGACAAGAGUAUGUUGCUCAUCUAAGAAGGAAAAGCAGUGGUUUCUCGAGGGGAGCUUCAAUUUACAGAGGAGUAACCAGCAGACAUCAUCAACAUGGACGGUGGCAAGCACGCAUUGGCCGGGUGGCAGGAAACAAGGAUCUUUACCUAGGAACAUUCAGCACCCAGGAAGAAGCUGCUGAAGCGUAUGAUAUAGCUGCUAUCAAGUUUAGGGGUGUAAACGCCGUAACCAACUUUGACAUAUCAAGAUAUGAUGUGGAGCGGAUUAUGGAGAGCAAUGGCCUUCUUUCUGGGGAAAUGGCGAGACGUAGCAAAGACGUCGUUUCAUGCAAUGAAAAUUCACUGAACAAUUAUCCUAAUCCUAGCAAUAACGUUGAACCAAUUCCCCCCAAAGAGAGCAACGGCAACAUGUCAGAUUGGAGAAUGGCGCUUUAUCAGUCUUCUCAUGAGAAACCAGGAGUUGAAGAUUUUAAGCUUGCUAAUUUCACUAAUGGGAUGAUGGGAAUUGAGGCAUUGAACGGAUCUGGUCCGCAAGAUGUGGACGAUCCAGGGAAAAUGGCAACUAACUUGUCAAGUGCAUCUUCACUGGUGACAAGCUUGAGCAGCUCCAGAGAGGGAAGCCCUGAUAAAAACGUCGUCCUCCCUAUGCAGUUUGCUGUGCAGGCUCCUCCAUUGGCGUCCAAGUUUUUUCCCUGCCCAACCAGCAACGGGACGCCUUGGAUCCCAUCUGCCCAAAUGAGGCCUCAAGUGCCACUGUUUUCUGCAUGGACUGAUGCAUCAUAGAUGCAUUCUUGCAAGACUAGUCUUUUGUAUGUACAAAAGAAACAGGAACUGGAGGUGGUCUAACUUUCAUGUGAGGCUUUGGAUAUUGCUGGCAGGAAUCAUGGGUUGAUUUGUAUUGGUGGGGCUGGGGAACUAAUCAUUCCGUCAAGAAGUUGCAAAGUUUUUCAACUAAUCAGUUUGACAGCUUUAAAUGAAAUUAUUAAGGUUUUUAUGGAAUGAUUCUUGCCUACCUGGGACGACCAUUGUCAUGAUUACAUGAUCCUUUUUGUGAUGUGCAACUCUUGGCACCAGCUUGAUUUCACUUGAUUGCGCCAAAGAAAAGAAAGGUUUUCGACAAAAACCUUUGACCACAAAUCCAAAACGCAUUCACAACUGGUUCCAUUUUUCACUCACAUCAUCAUUACCAAAUUCUUGUUGAAUUCCCCAUAAUCAGUUAAAAUUUCCAUUUCCCAACCUCUCAAAAUCUUCUCUUUACAUUCUUGAUUUGGCAUCUCAGACCCGUCCGCCAUUGCCAUGAAAAUUUAAUGAUUGGAAAAGAGAGUCUCCGAUGAUUAAUGCCCAAAUCGCACAUUAAUCUUGUGAAAAAGAAGUGAUUAAUUUAGGAGCAGCAGCAGCCAUAUGAACAGUGGAAUUACAAUGAUGCGUGCGUGAAAGCGCAGCGGGCGCAGGCAUGAAUCUGCAAGAUUUGCCGGCCAAUACACACUACGCUACGCUACAACUACUGGGCUGGUUUCUUCAUUCAUUGCCCCAUCAUUACUACAAACCCCAAUCAAUUGCUGUUUUUCUACAGCUGGGAAUCAUUGGAUUUUUACAUUCUCAGUUCCCUUCCAAGCUUUCCUCAUUCCCCCAAACUCCCACUUCU